UACUUUACAAGAAAUCGAUUUAUGUAAAAAAAUAAGGUAGACAUAUUAUUAAUAUUAUUAUUCUCUUUUAUAAUAAUAAUUAGUAUUAAUAGCAUUAUAUAAUAAUAAUAUGACUACUUCAUCUGUGAACAUAAAUCGAUUCCUUCGGUCAUUUUACCUAUAAAUUGUAUUCCUCUAUUAGUCAUCGAAAAUGCGCUACGUCAUUUUAAAAAUCCGUCUUAUGCCAAUCUUGUCGAAUCAAAUCAAAUCGUAUCACUUUAUAGAAGAGAUGAGAGAUACUGAAUACUUUAAUAACAGACAGAGAAUAAUGAUAACAUGAAAUUUCAAGACUCGUCUUUCUUAAAUGAUUCCACAGUGAUACGAUGAUCGUUUAAAAAAUGUUAUUAAUACUCAUAUUGCAAGAGUUACAGAAAUUUAAGUUAAACCCUGUUAUUAUGCAUAACUCAUAAAGCGUCUGCAGUUAGCAAAGUGUUAACGGACUGGCCAAACGAAUCAAUCGUGGAAAUCAUUUUAAUUUUAUUUUAGUGACCAUUUAUAGACAGGUACAAGUGCAUGUAUAUUUUAUACUUCGUGACCAUCUUUGCAUCACGCAAUUGCGGCAGGGUUGUUGUCAAGGGCAUCGUGUCCAAAGGAUCUGCGUCGGUCACGCUAGAUUCACGAUUAGUGAUGAUCUUGUAGUCGGAAGGAAACAACACUCCGCAGCUCAUUCACUGUUGUCUCCUAUAAUUUCGCGUGUUUACGUGGUUCUUGCCGUAAACUUUGGCACGUGGACAGGACGAAGUGCGCAGUGGCGAAGGUUCAUGACUGGACGAAGCCUCGACCAGGGUGAAGAGAAUCGCCUGUGGCGUAAGUGGCCAGGGGAUGCGACGUUCAGUAAGCAAGAAGAAGCCUUCACAUCUGAAUCUCUGGCGGGAAUUUUUGACUAUUGAGCCUACGGCCAAGCACCUAGCGCAAAAUCCUUUUUACAAAUCGACUGGUAUUAUGAACGUUUCUACCGUGUUUCCGGAGGGACUUACUGAAGCACCACGUCACACAUCACCGAGCGUGAAGGAUGACGACGAGGCACAGGAUAGAUACAAUCGACGAAUUAGCAGCGUUGAGGUUGUCGAGCGCUGCUUGCUCUGUCUAGGAGGAUUUCUCGAGGACCUUGAAAAUAUAAUUCGAAAAUACUGGAAUGAUAUCGUCAACAUUAUUAUGCGUGCAGUGAAUUGGCCAUAAAGGAACCAAAAAUUCCAUCGAGCACGCGUCUUUCUGCGCGGAAACAAUGAAUGCUUAUGCUGCGGAUGUUUAUGCAUUUAUGGCAAGUGAGAAUAUGGGAAGACGUAUGAGAAUGUGCUCACAUGCAAAAGUAUAUAAAAUAUUAUACCGUUUAAAAGGUGAGACACUUGAUAAUAUCAUUCCAAUUCUUUUUCUGUACCUUUGAAAACAUGAAUUUGCAUAAACACCCGCAGUGUAGUGAUGAGAGUACCUGCAAGGAAGUCGGUUCGUUCACCCAUUUUUUCCUGAAGCGUUUAAUUUAAACGAGCCCGUAUAGCAGUUAAAAAUAUAAAGAAUAAAAUAUUUUUCGAAGAAUUAGGUGAGAUAGCUGAGACUGUUAGAAUGAACCAUUGUACUAUUUUGAAACAUCAACAUGAAGCUUUGGAGCAGUAGUGAAUAUCCAAAUAAAUUUAAAUAAUAUUUCCUACGAGUUAAAUUUCACAUUACGGGAGCUGUAUUAAUAGCCACACAUUUAUUAAACGACGUGUAACAUAAAUGAAAGUACAAAACGAACUCUAAACACAAACUGCCUUAGGGCAAUCGUUAAUGCUUUUUGCACAAUAAAAUAUGCGAAAGGAAGUUGAGUAUCGAUGAAUUAAAAAGUGAGUAGGAAAUUAAUAGACGAAGGUGUCAGCCAUACGUUCUAUAAUGAACCGAAGGUAUUCAUUCAUAAUGGAUAGAGUAAAAAAAAAAAAAAACAGACUGUACCGCAAACUUUUGUAACCUACAAGCAUGAUGAACUUCAUCUGCAUGCGUCUAACUCGGAAUGCAUGCCAAUUGAGACUUGAAAUGCAUAGGAAUGUGGACACAGCAUGGGCAAUAAUAAUGAAGUAGAUGAAAAGUAAUAUUGUUAUUUUGUAGCGAGGUUCUCGAGAUAUUUUAAAAAUAAGUAUGCAACGGCAAAUAAAUGAAUAUAAUAUAUUUUAUCGAUUAUAAAAGUAAAUUCUCGAUAUUCAUUUUGAAUAGAUAAAGUAUGGCCCUCUCUUCUGUAUAACAGUAUUUGAAAAAAUUCCUUGAGAAUAAUAAAAUUGUAGUAGCGUGAAAAUUAAAGGAAUAAAAACUAAGUAAAAGAAUAAACAUGUAUAUCAUAAUGAAAAUGUAAAAAUAAAAUUCAUUGUGAACAAACCUCAUUACCAUCUAGCUUAUCAUAUUUAUGACAAUAUCAAAACGACAUUUAUUACAGAAGUGUAGAAAA